CACUCCCGCCUUCAGUCUUCAUUUCUCACUCAGUUCUUUCGUAUCACUUCGUUGUCUGUCGUGCUAUGCCGCAGCUGAUGGGGUACUAGUACUAGUGUAUAUAGUCAGUGUUAUGAGUGCUUCCAUUACUGUCGAAAGCUUACAGUGAACCCAACGGUUUUAGUGAGUAAUUUUAGUUCCGGAGAAGCGUAAACUCCUGUGUUUCACCGGCAGUAAUACGUUGUGUCUGUUGCAUUGAAUUUGCAACAUGGCGGAUAGUGAUACCGCAGGUGACCGGUCGGAUCCGGACUUCAAAUAUCUCUCCGUAGAUAGGAAUACCUUUAAUGACCCUGCAACUCAAGCGGAAUGGACCCAAAAACGUCUCGUUUGGGUACCGCACGAAACGCACGGCUUCGUCGCUGCAGGUAUCAAAGGCGAAAGGGGCGACGAGGUAGAAGUCGAAAUCUCUGAUACCGGCAAAAGAACUUUGGUUGCCAAGGAUGAUAUCCAAAAGAUGAACCCUCCCAAGUAUAACAAAGUGGAGGAUAUGGCUGAUCUUACAUGUUUAAACGAAGCAUCUGUACUUCAUAACAUCAAGGAUAGAUACUAUUCUGGACUGAUUUAUACAUACUCUGGCCUUUUCUGUGUGGUGGUCAACCCCUACAAGAGGCUACCCAUCUACACGGAAAAGAUCAUGGAGCGCUAUAAGGGGAUCAAGCGGCACGAGGUCCCUCCACACGUAUUUGCCAUCACAGACACAGCUUACCGUUCCAUGCUGCAAGAUCGUGAAGACCAAUCAAUCCUGUGUACUGGAGAGUCUGGAGCCGGCAAGACAGAAAAUACCAAGAAGGUGAUCCAAUACCUUGCCUAUGUUGCUGCCAGCAAGCCUAAAGGAUCCUCCACACCUCACACGAUGACGGAGAGUGCUUGGGAAAAUGGCCCGAGUCCGGCUCUUAUUAUCGGUGAGCUUGAACAACAGUUGCUCCAAGCGAAUCCGAUUUUAGAGGCGUUUGGAAAUGCAAAGACUGUCAAAAAUGACAACUCAUCAAGAUUUGGCAAGUUCAUCAGAAUCAACUUUGAUGCAAGUGGAUAUAUUGCUGGAGCUAAUAUCGAGACGUAUCUACUGGAGAAAUCCAGGGCAAUCAGACAAGCCAAGGAUGAGAGGACGUUCCACAUCUUCUAUCAGUUGCUGGCAGGUGCCUCGGCUGAGCAGAAGAAGGACUUUAUCCUAGAAGACGCGAAGAGCUACCCAUUCCUCAGCAACAAGAGCAUGCCAAUACCUGGUGUAGAUGACUCAGCAGAGUUCCAGGCUACGGUCAAGGCCAUGAGCAUCAUGGGGAUGACCAACGAGGACUAUUCAGCAAUAUUCCGUAUUGUGUCGGCCGUGAUGCUGUUUGGCAGCAUGCAAUUCAAGCAGGAACGUAACAACGACCAGGCAACGUUGCCAGACAACACUGUCGCACAGAAGGUGGCGCACCUGCUCGGACUGAGCAUAACAGAGAUGACCAAGGCCUUCCUCAAGCCUCGUAUCAAGGUCGGGCGGGACUUUGUCACCAAGGCGCAGACAAAGGAGCAGGUGGAGUUUGCUGUAGAGGCAAUCUCGAAGGCUUGCUACGAACGGAUGUUCCGGUGGUUGGUCAACCGGAUCAACCGCUCUUUGGAUCGCACUAAACGUCAGGGAGCUUCCUUUAUCGGAAUCCUUGACAUGGCCGGAUUCGAGAUAUUUGAGCUGAACUCCUUUGAACAGCUCUGCAUCAACUAUACCAACGAGAAGCUGCAGCAGUUGUUCAACCACACCAUGUUCAUACUGGAGCAGGAGGAGUACCAGAGGGAGGGCAUCGAGUGGAAGUUCAUCGACUUUGGACUGGACUUGCAGCCCACCAUUGAUCUCAUCGAUAAGCCGAUGGGUGUGAUGGCUCUACUGGAUGAAGAGUGUUGGUUCCCAAAGGCUACAGACAAGUCGUUUGUUGAGAAGUUGGUCAGUGCCCAUAUUGAACAUCCCAAGUUCAUCAAGACAGACUUUCGGGGCGUUGCAGACUUUGCCAUCAUCCACUAUGCUGGGAAGGUGGACUACUCUGCCAACAAGUGGCUGAUGAAGAACAUGGACCCACUCAACGAGAACGUGGUGUCCUUACUACAGUCCAGUCAGGACCCAUUCGUCUGCCACAUCUGGAAAGAUGCUGAGAUAGUGGGCAUGGCGCAGCAGGCCAUGAGCGACACACAGUUUGGCGCCAGAACAAGAAAGGGAAUGUUCCGCACCGUGUCGCAACUGUACAAGGAGCAGUUGGCCAAGCUGAUGGUGACGUUGCGCAACACCAACCCCAACUUUGUUCGGUGUAUCAUCCCCAACCACGAGAAGCGAGCAGGCAAGAUAGAUGCUCCCUUGGUGCUGGAUCAGCUGCGGUGUAACGGUGUCCUUGAGGGCAUCAGGAUCUGCAGGCAGGGCUUCCCCAACAGGAUACCCUUCCAGGAAUUCCGACAGCGCUAUGAGCUGCUGACACCAAACGUCAUUCCCAAGGGUUUCAUGGACGGCAAGAAGGCCUGUGAGAAGAUGAUAGCGGCACUGGAGCUUGACCCGAACCUCUACCGAGUGGGACAGUCAAAGAUAUUCUUCCGUGCAGGAGUGUUGGCUCACCUGGAGGAGGAACGGGAUUACAAGAUUACAGACCUCAUUGUCAACUUUCAGGCCUUCUGUCGUGGGUAUCUGGCGAGACGCAACUACCAAAAGCGUCUGCAGCAACUCAACGCCAUCCGGAUCAUCCAGAGAAACUGUUCUGCGUAUCUUAAGCUGCGCAACUGGCAGUGGUGGAGGCUGUACACUAAGGUGAAACCACUGCUGGAAGUCACCAAACAGGAGGAGAAGCUGACGCAGAAGGAGGACGAGCUGAAACAGGUCAGGGAGAAAUUGGACUCGCAACUGAGGAGCAGUGAGGAGUAUGAGCGGCGCCUGCAGGUGGCAGUGGACGAGAAGAACAUGCUGCAGGAACAGUUGCAGGCCGAGGUAGAGCUGUGUGCGGAGGCUGAGGAGAUGAGAGCCAGGUUGGCGGCAAGGAAGCAAGAACUGGAAGAGAUCUUGCAUGACCUGGAGGCCAGGAUUGAAGAGGAGGAAGAGAGGUCUAACAACCUGGCCAGUGAGAAGAAAAAACUUCAGCUUAAUAUCCAGGACCUGGAAGAGCAGCUGGAGGAAGAAGAGGCUGCCCGGCAGAAACUACAGCUGGAUAAGGUGCAGUGCGAUGCUAAGCUGAAGAAACUGGAAGAGGAUUGUGCUCUGAUGGAAGACACCAACUCUAAACUGAUCAAGGAGAAGAAGGUGCUGGAGGAAAGGGCAGCGGACCUGGCACAGACACUGGCCGAGGAGGAGGAGAAGGCUAAGCACCUGGCCAAGCUCAAGGCCAAACAUGAGAGUACUAUAGCAGAGCUUGAGGAGAGGCUACUGAAGGACCAUCAACAGCGACAGGAGAUGGACCGGAAUAAGAGGAAAGUAGAAACGGAGGUGAAUGAUCUGAAGGAACAAUUGAACGAGCGGAAACUGCAGGUGGAGGAGUUACAACUGCAGCUGGGUAAGAGAGAAGAGGAGCUGGCACAGUCGCUGAUGCGCAUUGAUGAAGAGGGAGCAGGGAAGGCAGCCACGCAGAAGGCUCUGCGAGAGCUGGAAUCACAGUUGGCAGAAUUACAGGAGGACCUAGAGGCAGAAAAGGUGGCAAGAGCAAAGGCGGAGAAGCAGAAGCGGGAUCUGAAUGAAGAGUUGGAGGCACUGAAAAACGAACUGCUAGACUCCCUUGACACCACAGCUGCCCAGCAGGAACUGCGGACCAAGAGAGAACAGGAGUUAGCAACACUGAAGAAGACCCUUGAAGAAGAGACACAGCUGCACGAGGUUCAACUGACAGAAAUGAGACACAAGCACACGCAAGAAUUGACCACAGUCAACGAACAGCUUGAACAGCUCAAGAAGGCCAAGGCAGCAUUGGAGAAGAGCAAGUCUACGCUAGAAGCGGAGGCAGCUGACCUGGCAACAGAGGUGCGCAGUGCAGGCGCAGCACGUGCAGAACUGGAGAGGCGGCGGAAACAGGCAGAAGCAGCACAGAGUGAGGCGCUAGCCCGACUUACCGAGGUGGAAAGAGCACGCAGUGAGUUGGCCGACCGAGUUACCAAACUGUCAGCGGAGUCCGAGUCAAUUACUGCACAACUUGAGGAAGCUGAGCUGCGAGCAUCGGCUGCGAUCAAAUCAGCGGCAACGAUGGAAACACAGCUGAGUGAGGCACAAGCCCAGUUAGAAGAGGAGACCAGACAGAAGCUGGCAUUGAGUAGUCGACUACGACAAGUAGAGAGUGAAAAAGAAGCGCUCAAAGAGCAACUUGAGGAGGAAGAAGAGGCUAAAAAGAAUUUGGAGAAGCAAGUUGUCGCCCUCAGCCUACAAGUUACCGAGGCCAAGAAGAAGGCGGAGGAGGAAGCAGAAAAUGUGGCUCAGCUGGAGGAAAGCAGGAAAAAGUUGCUCAAGGAUGUGGAAACACUGCAACGCCAAGUGGAAGAGCUGCAGGCUGCCAAUGACAAACUGGACAAGAGCAAGAAAAAGCUGCAGGCAGAGCUAGAAGAUUCCAAUAUCGACCUGGAGACUCAGCGGGCUAAAGUACUGGAGUUGGAAAAGAAACAGCGAAACUUUGACAAAGUGCUAGCCGAAGAAAAGGCAGUGUCAGAGCAGAUAGCUCAGGAGCGAGAUGCUGCUGAGCGAGAGGCUCGAGAGAAGGAGACACGUUUACUGUCGCUAACACGAGAACUGGAUGAGAUGAUGGACAAGGUGGAAGAGUUUGAGAGAGCCAAGCGGCAAUUGCAGGCAGAGCUGGAUGAGUUGGCAAACAACCAGGGAACUGCAGACAAGAAUGUCCACGAUUUGGAGAAGGCCAAGCGUAUACUGGAGACUCAGUUAGCAGAACAGAAGGCUCAGAAUGAGGAGUUAGAGGAUGAGCUGCAGAUGACCGAAGAUGCCAAGUUGAGACUGGAGGUCAACAUGCAGGCUCUGCGCACACAGUUUGAACGUGACGUACAGGCUAAGGAGGAGUCAUGCGAGGAAAAGCGUCGUGGACUGCAGAAACAACUGCGUGAUGUUGAGGCGGAACUGGAAGAUGAACGGAAGCAACGAGCAACCGCAUUGGCUGCACGAAAGAAAUUGGAGGCCGACUUCAAGGACAUGGAACAGCAACUGGAGAUGCACAACAAGCUCAAGGAUGAUGCCCUGAAACAGCUGAAAAAAUUGCAGACCCAGCUGAAAGACACGACGAGGGAUGCAGAUGAGGCACGGGCAGCCCGUGACGAGGUUGCGGCUACUAUGAAGGAGACGGACAGACGACUCAAGUCACUGGAAGCCGAGCUGCUGCAGCUACAAGAGGAGCUGGCAUCAUCUGAACGCAGUCGUCGUGCUGCAGAGACCGAACGUGACGAGCUACAAGAGGAAAUCAACUCCAAUGCCAACAAGGGGACACUGCUGGCUGACGAGAAACGACGACUGGAGGCUCGUAUCUCUACACUGGAAGAGGAUCUGGACACUGAGCAGAGCAAUACAGAAGCACUCAUGGACCGCAUGCGUAAGACCCAACUGUCCCUGGAGCAACUUACCACAGAGUUGGCUGCUGAGAGAUCGCAGACACAGAAGCUGGAAAGUAACCGGAUGUUGUUGGAGAGACAGAACAAGGAGCUGAAGGCCAAGUUGAAUGAGCUGGAGACAAGCCAACGUAGCAAGACUAAGGCCACCAUUCUGUCACUGGAGAGCAAGAUCAACAACCUGGAGGAGCAACUGGAGUCCGAGGCCAAGGAGAGGCUAAUCCAACAGAAGUCUAACCGAAAGCUGGACAAGAAGUUGAAGGAGUUGAUGAUGCAGUUGGAGGAUGAAAGGAGACAUGCUGACCAGUACAAGGACCAGGUCGAGAAGAUCAAUGUCCGAGUGAAGGUGCUGAAAAGACAACUAGAUGAGGCCGAGGAGGAAAACUCAAGAGAGAAAAUCCAGAAGAGAAAGAUCCAGAGAGAUCUGGAGGACCUUCUUGAAUCCAAUGAUGUAUUGCAGCGAGAAAACAACAACCUUAAGAAGAAAGUCAGUAACAUGACAGAAAGUCCGCCUGUCGUCUCCAAGGAGCUGGUGAGGCAGACAGCCAACAAACUACGGCGCAUCAGUUGUCCCGCCAUUAGAGGCGUGAGUGGCAUGGGGCUGAGCUCUCGGCUCACGUCGUCCAAGCGAGGUUCAAUCCCCACUGAAGAUAGUUCCAGUGUCAACAACACAGCUGAUGACUCAAUAGACGAGGACGAGGUGCCUGCGUCGUAAACUGCUACCACCAACGGUUUUUCGGCAGGGGACUUAAGGACGUGUUUCAACUCGUCAACUCAUGCUCACUCGUGUACAUUCCCCAGUCCUCUUCCUGCCUUCGCUCUUCAUUUUAUAAACUACAUCUUUCAAUUUUAUUAUUUAUAAAAAGUAACCGAGAAAUGCCUUAACCGUGGGCGUUGUCACCGGUUACAAGGUUUGUUAGAUAUAAAGAUAUGUGUACAGUUGAAAAUUAUUACCUUUUUAUCGCAAGUUGUAAUCAAUCGUAUUUUAAUAAUGAAUCGUGUCAUAAUAUUUAAUUUAAUUAAGUUUAUUUACAUUAAUGUUUAUUAUUAUUAUUAUUAUAUACUGUGGAUGCCUUCAUGAUUUUCUACUCAAGCCCUGUAUUGUAUACCUAAACUAACCCAGAUGAGCAUUUUUAUAGCUUUUCAGUCCUCUUGAGUGCGCGUGUGUGUAUAGUGAGUGCUUGUGUGAGUGCGUGUGUGUGUCUGGUGUACAUAUAUUAUAUUGCAGAGGACUUAACAGCGUAGGCUAUGCAGGUAAUGGUUAAUUAUUAGAAAGACGUGAUACUUACAACUUUGUAUUGGGCAUAAAUAAACAGAGAUGGAGAUUUA